CCCAAAUUGUUCCCACGGUCAGACACCACAAUCCAUCAUGGAAACCACCCAAGAAUCACCGCUCAAUUUAAUCAUCGUGCCUACUCCAGGCAUCGGUCACUUGAUCCCGCUCAUCGAGUUCGCCAAACUAGUUGUUGAGUUCCACAAGUUUACAGUAACUUUCAUUGUUCCCAACGAUGGUUCGCCCAUGAAACUCCAAAGACAACUCCUUUUAACCCUACCUGAAACAAUUUCCUCCAUCUUUCUCCCUUCUGUUAGCUUUGACGAUCUGCCUGAGGAUGUCAAAAUCGAGAGCCGGAUUGUACUCAGCUUGACUCGGUCACUUCAUCUCCUCAAAGAUUCGUUAAAAGUACUAACUCAGUCAACUCGAGUAGGGGCCUUUGUUGUUGAUGUUUUUGGCAUUGACGCGUUUGAUGUCGCCAAAGAAUUUGGGCUUGAACCAUAUAUUUUCCUCACUACAUCUGCUAUGUUGUUAUCAUUGGUAUUUGAGAUGCCUAAGCUUGAUCAGAUGUUUUCAUGCGAGUAUAGAGAUUUGCCAGAGCCGAUCAAGUUACCAGGAUGCGUGCCAUUUUAUGGAAGAGAUAUUGCUGACUCGCUUCAACACAGGAAAAAUUCUACGUACCAAGUGGUUCUUCAAUUAUGCAAACGUUACUCAUUGGCCGCUGGGAUUAUCGUUAACAGUUUUAUGGAUUUGGAAAAGGGUGCUUUCGAGGCUUUGAUGGAGGGUGGGCGUGGUUUGCCUGCCGUUUACCCAGUUGGACCUCUGAUACAAAAUGGUUCAACCAAUGAAGUUAAAGAGUGGUCUAAGAAUUGUUUAAGGUGGUUGGAUGAGCAGCCUGGCGGGUCUGUUCUUUACGUCUGUUUUGGAAGUGGUGGGACUCUGUCGCAUGAACAGCUAAAUGAAUUGGCACUGGGUUUGGAAACGAGUGGGCAAAGAUUUCUUUGGGUUGUAAAGAACCCCAAUGAAAGAGCAGCAAGUGGCACUUACUUCGGAAUAGAUAGUGUCAAGGACCCCUUGGCUUUUCUGCCCGAUGGUUUUUUGGAAAGGACAAAAGAGGUGGGUUUGGUGGUUCCAUCUUGGGCUCCUCAAAUUCAGGUCUUGAGUCAUUGCGCCACCGGUGGGUUCUUGACCCACUGUGGCUGGAAUUCUAUAUUGGAGUCUAUCGUUCAUGGUGUGCCAUUAAUUGCAUGGCCACUCUUUGCAGAGCAAAAGAUGAAUGCCGUACUCUUAAAAGAUGGUUUGAAGGUUGCAGUUAGGGUGAAUGAGAACGAAGACGGGCUCGUUGGGCGAGAAGAUAUUGCAAAACAUGCAAAGGAACUGAUUGACGGGGAAGAAGGGCAACUGCUUAGAACCAGGAUGAGAAAACUGAAAGAUGCUGCCACAAUGGCUAUAAACCCAGAUGGAUCUUCUACAAAAUCCCUUGCAAAGUUAGCAGAAAUUUGGAAGAAACAGGAAAUUUAAUAAAAUUGUCAAUGUUUAAUUUUUCAGAUUGCAUAUUUGCAUUCGUAAUACUGUGUCUUGUUUGUCAAAUGUCUUGUACCAACAAUAAAGUUUUUGCGUUUUGAAGUUGCAGGUCAAUUAUAUCACUUACUUGAAUCAUGAGAUGAGAGUAAUUAUA